AUGGCUACUACACCAUAUGACACUAUCAUUUUCGACCUUGGGGACGUGCUCUUUGACUGGGAUGAGCCGGAAGACGUUGCGUCCCUUGUCGCGUUGCCAAAAGGUGCCAUGCGAAAAAUGAUGAACUCAACCACUUGGCAUGACCUCGACCGUGGUCUCCUACCUGCGGAGGAAGCCUACAAGAUCAUGGGCGACGAGAUCAACACCGAGGCAUCACUGGUACGGCAGGCCAUUGAUGCAGCUGCUUGCUCGCUUCGAGUUAACGAGCAAUGGGCAGAGCUGGUGGAAAAGCUUGCGGCAAAGCCUGGGUUGAAGGUGUAUGCCAUGUCGAACAUCUCCAAGGAACAUUUCGAGUACAUCCGUACGCUGCCGUUCCCAUGGGAAGCGUUCACUCGCGUCUUUACCUCCGCGGCCGCCGGUAUGCGCAAACCGGAUCUCUGCUUCUACCAGUACGUCAUCAAUGAGACUGGAUGCGAUCCUAGCCGUACCAUCUUCCUUGACGAUCGUACCGAGAACAUCGUCGCUGCUAGAUCUUUGGGCAUUCGGGGCGAGAUCGUGACGGACAACGAGAGGACCAAGGAAGGAAGAAUUUAUCGAUUCCUCAAGAACGUGGUCUUGGGGGAGCCCAUUGCACUUGCAGAAGCCUUCUUACACUUCCAGAGCGGAAAGCUGGAUUCGAUCUACUCCGAGGAGGGGGUGGUUUUCAAGGACAACUUUGCCCAACUGCUGAUAUGGGGACUGACUGAUAUGGAAGAUAUCAUCUACCUUUUGUGGCCAGACGGAACGCACUGGAAGGGAUCAUCGCGAUGCUCGUCUCCAGAUGACGAUGCCUCCGUGGCCAGCUCAACCGACUCUGCAGUCGUCCUUAGCGACAAGGCCAGAGACGGCAAGAAGUCACGCCCUCUUCAGGAUGGCCUGUGGAACUACUUCACCGAGAAGCCAGUCGGGACCACGGAGGCAUUCCCAGCUGAUGUUGAUACCACCUCGAUCGCCUACCUGACCAUUCCGCAAGAGCACCUGCACAGAGUUGCCGAUCCCAAGCUGGUUCUGGAUGCCAUGAUCUCCAACGUAAACGUCGAUGGCAUCAUGCAGGUGUACUUUACAAAUGACAGGCCACGCAUCUGCGCCAUUGUCAGUGUGAACAUGCUUCGGUUCUUCCUGAAGUAUGGUGGUGAUGAUCUAGAUCUGGACACCGAUCCCCGUCUUGCUGCCACAGGGACCUUUGUUGUCAAUUGCCUUGUCAACAAUGCAGUGAUAAAUGGCACACGCCACUACACGACCAUUGAAAGCUUCCUGUAUUUUGUCAGCUUGUUCUUCGACGAGCUCAGGACAAAGGCCGAAAGGAACCCGACCAAAAACGCCAACACGCGUCAGACACUCCAACGACAUAUCUAUCGCUUGCUGGUGCAAUCGUUGGGGAAGCCUGCUAACCCGUUGGCUUUGGCGAUGCGGGUGCGUGCUUGUCAGGUAUUCGGUAUCGACAGAGACCUCCUAAAGUGGGAGAUGGACGAACUGCUUGUCCUUCAAGAGGAAGAUGGAGGAUGGCCGGCGGGUCACUUCUGCAAAGCGGGAAGGACGGGUGCUGUGAUUGGUAGCCGGGGCUUGACGACAGCAAUGGCUUGGCGAAUUCUGAAGGACUACGAGCGUGAGGUCAUUCCUACAGAUAGGCUGAAUCGUUGA